AUGUCCAUGUCUGGCCAACUCUUGCAGAUCGGUCUUGCUUUCGGUGUUAUGCAAGUGGCAAACCGAUUAAAUUUUGAUACACCUGAGAAUGCAAACUACAUUCGAAUUGCAUAUGCAACAGUGCAAGUCAUCCAAAUGGCAAUAUUUUAUUAUAUAUAUACGCAAAUCGAUGCCAAGAAAGAUGAGACUGAGCUCAAGUAUACAGAAGUCAAGAAUCCAAUGGAUACGGGUGCCGAGGCAGAAAUAGUGGAAACAACUGUCCGUGACUACGACGUCGCACAGUUGAGAACAGCUGUGAUGGGUGCCCUGAUGGGAAUCGCAGCAAUCACUGGAAUUCAUUUAUAUUGGGGAUACUUGCGCCCCAUGACAUUACAAUGUGUAUUGGGUUUCAAGACUGUUUAUGAUAACCCAAUGACCAAAAUCCACCUGUUGGGUCAGCCAGCUUCUGGUGACUUGCAGCGUCCCUUCAAGCCCAAAGGACUCUUUGCUGGCAAACCAGUUCCUUCUGUCAAGGAAGUCAAGGCCAAGGAAAAGAAGGAUGCCAAGAAGAAGGUCAUCAACAAGGUCCAAUAA